AUGUUUAAUCGUUCAAAAACUUUGAUGUUUCCAUAUGUGAAAAUGCAGCCUCUCUUGAAACGUGCUGCAACCAACAAAUCUUUCUAUUCGUCUUAUGCAGCUUAUGGAGCUUCUCUUUUUUUGCUGACCGUUUAUAUUUGUGAUUGGAAGCGUUUUGUUAAAUUGAUUCCUGUCUAUAAUCAGCGUUUCAAGGAGGAGGAAUAAUGGAUGAAUUGAAGGGCGUUUAUUGGAAAUAUAUUUAGUUUUGAGUUGUUUUGAAUGAUAAUAUAGGUUUUUUGUGUUAAAAAUUUUUUCUAUAUGUAAAAUUAUGACUAAAAAAUUUUUACUUUUUUUGAUUGCUUAUUUUGUUAUUUUUCAAUUUAAUAUCUGAAUUUUUAUUUUCGCUUAUUUUAUGCUUUUUUAACAGGGCGUAUAAAGAGGUGGGGGAAGUGGCUUAUUCCUCCCUAUUUGGAAAUUUAUUUUGGGGGGAAUUUGGAGGACUCGCCUUUACCUGAUUUGACUCCUCUUUGGAGUCUAUUGAAUUUUUUGAGGAUUUCGCUUGCUCGCCUUUACCUGAUUUGACUUCUCUUGGGACUCAAUACACCUCCGAUCUACUCCAUUUUUUUGAGGAUUUUGUGGACUCCUUUACUUAAGAUCCAGUCAAGCAGGGGAAUUCCUCCUCGGAAUCAAACAUUUCCUUCUACUGGAAUUUUUCUUGGGGAUCUUAACGGCUUAUUUCCCUUCCUAGAAAUUCCUUCUUGGGAUCAGACAUUACCAAUCUUCCUUCUCAUAUUCCAACCUCUUUAUACGCCCUUGUUAAGACUAAACUUAUUUGUUCGUUUCAGAUUUAAAUUAAAAUUUUCUGAAAAUUAUUCAAAAAUUAUUCAAAAUGU